GUUUUAUACAAAUCUAAAAUUGUAAACAAAAAGUUGUCAGCGUUGCAUUUUUCGUGUAGCUUUUGUUUAGAAGUCCAGUAGGCAUGUAUGCAAAAAAUAAAACCAUCACCUCAUCAUUUAAAAAAGUCAAACAAUCAACGAGUUAUGUCAAAACUCCGAGUGAGAAGAGACAUUCACCACAGCCAUCAAGCAGUAAUGCAGAGGAAAAUGAAAUGAAAAUGUUGAAGGAUUUUGACCUGAACUGGGAGUAUGGACCUAGCAUGGGAAUUUCAAGGCUUGAGCGCUGGAACAGAGCAGAAAAACAUGGUUUGAACCCGGCACCAGAAGUUAAACAGCUUCUUAUCACACAUGCGGAGGAUGAGAGAUAUACCCAAUGUCUGUGGAAUGACUACAAAAACAUCAUGUGACGGGAUCAUACAUUCUACAAAAUUGUCUGACAGGGUGCCAUGCUAAACAAAGUCAUAUGACAGGAUAUGAUUGAAUGGGAUUUGGACUUUAUAGGUAUUCAACAUGGGACCAUUUACAGAUAAAUCUACCAGACUUCUGAUGUACCAUUCUGCAAACACUUUCGAUAAAAAAAUGAUUUUACAAUCACACCUGUAAUUAACAGCCAGCAGAGGGAUUGGCACAUUCUGGCUGCUUUAAACAGGUGACUGCUUAAGACAAGCAAAAUCAAUAUGGGAAGUUAGCUGACUGGCUGCUUACGGCAGGUGACUGUUUAAUACAGGUGUCAGCUAUGGCAGGUUGAACUGUAUUACAAAUGCAUUAAUGUACUGUUAAAAACUUAGUGUGUUAAAUGCCAUAAUUCAGUUGCUAUUAAAUGAUGUUACUAAUAUUAUAGAAAAAAACUUGAUGUGAAAUUUCAUUAUCCAUUAACCAGAGGUAAAAGGUUGAAGCAGCAGCUUAAUGAAUGUUGGCUGACUUGAAGACAGAAGAAAACACAGUAUCUCUAAAAAAGAUUCUCGGAGAACUUCUUCGGCAAAACAUUUAGUUAUUUGGCCCAAAGGUUUAGAUUCAGUGAAAUCUGUGUGAAUUCUUUCGAUGAAAUCAAAUUAACGUGUGAUGAAAUCUGUAAGACUGUAAGAUGUUGGUACAUUUCAUAACAUGAUUUGAAUUUCUGCUGGCAACACUAGAGUACAGCAAUAUUUAAUACUUUCAAAAGAAAACUUCACACUCUACACAAAGAAAUCCAGAGAUUUUUUAAAUGCAUUUGCAUCAUAUCUCUCUGCUGGAAAAUUUUGCAGAUUAUCAGGAAUGGCUUUAAUUUAAAAAUAUUGCUUUUAUAUUGCUCAUACAUGUAGUGAAAUGCAAGAUUUGAAUUUUCUGCUGGCAACACUAGGGUACUUUAUAGAAUACAGCAUUAUUUAGUAUUUUCAAAAGAAAACUUCACACUCAACACAAAGAAAUCCAGAGACUUUUUACAUGCAUUUGUGUCAUAUCUCUUUGUUGGAGAAUUUCACAUCUUUUUUAUGAAUUGCUUUAAUUCAAAGGUAUUGCUUUUAUAUUGCUCAUACUCAGAAGUCCCAUUUUGUUUUCUGUGAAAUCUAGAGGCAUGUAUUUGUUAUAUAGGGUAUAUUAUGAAGAACAUUUGUAAUUUAACUGUAUUUAUUAUUUAUAACAUAACAGUUAGAAAAUAAAUUUAAUAUGACCCUUUUCAAGUUAUAAAAGUAAAAUUUGCUAGAUAAAUAUGCAAUGAUAUUUUGUCAACAUUUUUAAGAUGAUGGAAAUUAGACAGUUUUUACAGAGUUACUUCCCUUCCCUUCAGGUAAAAUGCUAGAUAUCACUCGGCAUUUAAUCUUUUUUCACCUUCUUGUUAUUUCAUUGUUGUUUUCAUUUUGUUUUUGAUAUUUUAUUGUCUUUAGCAAUUUAAUAUCUAAAAGUUUCUACUAAAAGAUUAAAGGUAUGUUAGAUCCAAAUAAUUGAAAUUUCAUACUUAACAACAUGGACAAUUACUUCAUAAUUAUAGUUUAUAAAAAUAAAAUUAACAAGUUUAUGUGUAUGUAUUAACAGUUACAACUAUUCAUUAGGUUUAAAAUAGUACGCCUGUGUACAUGAAUAGAUAAACACAAUAUAAAUGUGUACUACCACUAAAACACUGGCUGUUUUUAAGAAUCAACUGUUACUGCAUGGCAUUUAAUUAUGAAUGUAACUCUAUACACAAACUUAAUUUACGUAUUUAGUCAAAUUAAAUACAUUUGACAUAUAUUCUAUACAUUUGAAGUAUAUAUCUGAAGAUAAAAUAUUUUAUAUUGAAAGAUGGCCAUUGGAUAUCUUUAAAUUUGCUAUGAAGGUAAGAUUAUCUUCUAUUAAUAAAUUUCAAGGGCCGAGCGCGAAACUAUUGUAACUGUAUAUACAUAAAGAACAAGAUAGAGUAGUUUCCUGCUCAGCCCUCAAUUUGUAUAGAAGCCUUUAAAUUGUUGUUUUCUUACAUUUUUGCAUAUAGCAUAUAUGCGGGAAGAGGCUGAUGAAGCUUUCAAUAACGUUGUAUUCUCUCAAAGUUUUAAGAACAGGUUGAAGAUUAAACACAUACUUUUUACAUGAAACCCUUAUUUUUUCGAAAGUCAACAGUUUUAGAGAUUGAGCUUUUGUAUUGUGUAGACCAAUCAUUAUUGAAGUUAAUUCUUUUUUAUGAUUUUUAUUUUUUAUUUAUUAUAAUUUAUAAUGUUUACAGAUUUUAUUGUUUGAUUUUAUUGAAAUAUGUUUUGUUAUGUGUAUUUUAUAUAUUGUUCUACUAUAUUGUUGUCUAUUUAUACUAAUAUAAUUAUUUUAUCAUUAUGACAUUUUGGUUUUUACUUCAUUUGUAGCUUGACUAUUUGAAAUUUUUCACUAGAGGUUUUGUUUUCACCUUUUCAUUUGGGUCAGUGUCUACGUCUAAAAUUGUUCUGUGUAAGCAGGUUUCUCAAAAAUACGGUGUCAGAUGCAUUUAAUUUUCAAACUUAUCUUCUGUUCAUGUAUCGUGAGAUGACCUCACAGGACAUAUGAGCCAUGCCAUGAGAAAACCAGCAUAGUGGCUUUGCGACCAGCAUGGAUCCAGACCAUGCGUCUGCGCAGUCUGGUCAGGAUCCAUGCUGUUCGCUAACAGUUUCUCUAAUUCCAAUAGGCUUUGAAAGCGAACAGCAUGGAUCCUAACCAGACUGCACGGAUGCACAGGCUGGUCUGGACCCAUGUUGGUCACAAAGCCACUAUGUUGGUUUUCCCAUGGCACAGCUCAAUUAUGAAUAUUGCAUCUAUUUUGUCAAAAUUAUAUUCUGUUUUUAUUUUAUAGUUCUUUGUUAGAGUUUUACUUGUAAGCAUGCUCCUCAGAAACUAUAACACUAAAUAUUUACAACUUUGGCAUCAUGAGAUGGCCUCACAUGGCAGAUCUCAUUGCCCUGGCUUACAUUUUGGCAAUUUUUUUCAGGAACAGUAAGCAGUCAGGAAUUAGCAAAAUGAUUCACAAGUCUUAAGCAUCAUAAAAUGAUCAUUUUUAUCCAGGUUCUCUGGCUUAAGUUUAGAGAAUUAUGCCCCUUUUUAACUUAGAAAAAAUUUAGCGAAGCUUUUAUAUGUAAGCUAAUAUUAUGUUGAAUGGUUUCAAAUAGUUAAGCAUGCAUUCGUUAGACUACCAUUUUAUGUGUUUUGUAUUUACAACCAAACCAAAGCUGAUGUUUCUUGGAUAUAUUUUUAUCGUAUACAUAGACAUUCAAAAUGGAAAGUUGAAAUAAAUGCACCAUGAAGACAA